GUGCACGUGGCUUCGGACUGGAAAGGCGCGAAAUGUAAAGGGAAACCUCGCCUAUAAAAGCUCCUCCUGGACGACAGGUAGAUGACAAACAGAAACUGAAGACAGAAGCGCUGCCAUGAAUCUCCAGCUCAUCUCAUCUGUGCUGCUGUGUGUCGCAGUUUGCAGCGGAGUUCUCUUCAUAACUGCGGCCGCCGAUCAGGCGUCUGGCCUGGAUCACGUGACUGUGAUGUCAGCAUCAGGGGAGGGGCUUCAGAGCGCCGCGGGUGAAGAUCUGGAGCCAGAAGAAGACCAGGAUCCAUCGGGAAUGUUCAAUGACCCAACCUUGCUUAAAGUUCAUCAGGUGAGUAAAGGAGAAGAGUCGAGUCACAGACGCUCCGGACGCAAGAAGAACAGAGAAAGAAAAAAGAAUAAAAACAUCACACCAGUUCAGCCGAAGCGUGCGUCCACACAGAAGAUCCUCAGCAGCACAGCGGAUCCGUGUCUGACCUCUCACCUGGACUACUGCAUCCACGGACACUGCACGUACCUGCACGGCCUCAGAGAACCUGUCUGCAUAUGUAAGCGAGGUUAUGAUGGUGAGCGCUGUGGAAUUCAGCUUCUUCACACAUCAGGUGAACCAGACGACAGCACCUCUGACACCACUCACACCGCACUCGUCGUCAUGGCCGUCGUCCUGUCAAUCAUCAGCUGUCUGGCCAUCCUACUCAUCAUCUGUGUUCACUAUAGAACACACCAUCGCUUCCAGGCGGCGUUUCUGGGUUCUGCUAAUGAGAGAGAGACUCUUGAGAAGAAAAACAUCAUUUUAUGAAGAGAAAGAGGUGUAACAGCAGCACUUGAAAUCACAGCAUCUCACUGGCACUUCACAAUUAUUGCACAUAGAACACUGUCAUGUAUAUUUAUUGUUUGUACCUAUUUAUUAAGAAAGCAUAUUAUUUCCUACACUUUUAGUGUAUGUGUCUAUUUUGAUAAUAAAAAGCUGUUUGUCUGA